UAUAGAAGCGUAUACUUGGCUAACAGAUGAAUCUUUAUCAUUCAACCAAAUAUUUAAAUCAAGUAACAUGAAAUUGACAAGGUUUAUAAAUCACAGUAUUUCUAUGUGUUUCAACAUGAUUGUAGCACAGUUAAGGACAAAUACUUUACAUUUUACUCACUAAGGAAAAAUACAAUAAUAAUGUUACUUGGUUGAUUUAAACUGGUCAUAUGUAACAAACACAGCAUGAGGAAAAAAUCAAACGGACUAAUUGAAGAAGGUAUGAGAUCAAUCAGUAACGUUUCACAAAAGUCAUGGAAGACAAGAAGGAUGAACUUAAAGCAUCUAGAAAUAGAACGGAGGGGAACUCAUUUAAAGUAUGGCAGAUCUUAAAAGACAAAGAAGAUUCAUCGAAAACUCCAAACAAAAAAGAUGAAGGGUACGCAUGGCUGAUUGUAUUUUGCUCGUUUAUGCUCCACGUCUUCCUUGCUGGAAUCAUCAACACAAUCGGGGUGACAUUUGUCAUAUUUCUCGAUACAUUUAAAGCUUCUGCAGGAGUGACAGCUUGGGUUGGAUCAUUGAAUAGAGCUUGUAUGAAUUUCAUAGCGCCAGUGAGCAGUAUGUUGACAAACAAAUAUGGCAGCAGGCCAGUGGUUAUCUUGGGUGGUGCUAUAACUGCAAUUGGUCUCGGAACAAGUGCAUUUGCCACUAAUAUAUAUCACCUGUAUAUCACAUUUGGAAUAAUUACAGGAGGAGGCCUAGGAAUAGCUUAUAUCCCCGCCAAU